AGACCUGAUAACGAAUAAAGCAGAAUAUUUAUUGAAUUUGAAAGAGUACGAGAAUAUUUUGAGUUUUAGUAUUUCAUCAAAUCACUAUAAUACCACUAUUUUUUUGAGUUAUCGAACUAACAAUCAACAGUUUGAAGUUAACCGGUAUAGAUGGUUCGUUUGAUAUCUGAUGCAAUCAAUCUGCUAGUUUGAAAAAUCUCAUAUGGUUUGGCGAUCUCAUAUGAUUCAUCGGUCAGCGAAACGGUUAAAGCAACAUUUGUCGGAAGUGCAGAAAAACUAAGUGUAUGUGGACCAUCGUCGACGAAGGAUUCUCCUCGCAGCUUGGCUUAUGUAACGACGCUCGAUGGGAAAGUUUCAGCUUUGGACAUAGGUAACAAUGGCGAGCUGCACUGGACAGUGGAUUUUGGCGAGGGGCCUAUGCUUUCAUCAAACAUUCAUUUACGUGAACUGAACAAUGAUGGUCAUUGGGUUAGAUUGAUACCAUCUUUGAAUGGAGGAUUAUACAAAUUUGAUGGCAACAAUUUGGAACCUGUGCCUAUAACAACUGAUCAGUUACUCCGAUCCUCUUUCCGUUAUUCAGAUGAUUUGAUUUUCUCUGGAGGCAAGGAAACUCGUUCUUAUGGCAUCUCGACAUUGACUGGUCAAAUACUUUACCAAUGUAACAUCAGUGGCUGUACCAAUAACACAGAAGGAGAUUCAUUGGCUAAUGAAAAAGUUUUGCUAGUUCAACGUUUCCAGCAAACAGUUCGAGCUAUCAAGCCACGAUCUGGCCUCGAAAAAUGGAAUUUCAGCGUCGGGCAGCAUGAGCUGAUGCUAAUGCCACAAGAAAACGAAGGUUGCAAUGAUAGGACUCGACAAAUCACUCGAGACAUUGAACUUCGCGUUGUUGUGCCCGAAGGCUUGGUAUGGGCGAUAAACAAGUCAAAUCCUCAAAUUAAAUUAUGGCAAUACAAGUUUGAUUCGCCAAUAGUUUCCAUAUGGCGAGAUGAUUUCAGAGAAGAAAACAGUGGUGCUUUAAAGGAAGUUGAUUUGUUCGACGGGAGCCAAUGGACAUGGGGUUCUGAGUUCUCGACAAGUCCAGCUAUUUACGUGGGAAUGCACGACACCCAACUUUACGUACAAGAAAAUACAGAUUUGACAAAAAUAGUCGAACACUCGCGUCGAAGAUCGAAUGAAUUUCUCAAAUUUCCUUGGCGACCUUAUCCCGCCGUAGAAACUGCUGUAGCGAUAACCGGUGACAAAACAUCUGAUAAUUAUAACGGAAAUGAAGAGUCGCAUGAAAUCGUUGAAGCUACAAGUAUUACCGCGCUUUCGGUGCUGUACAAUUCCAAAUAUAUCAACGGCAAUGGAUUUUAUCUAUACCCUAAAUUCGACAGUUCAAGUCAGUGCAACGGCACUAAUCCUAACGUAAUAGUCGGUGAUAACAUCAGUCAAUCAAAGAGUCUUAAUAAUGAAAAUAUUGAAGAGGAAGAAGAUGAAACUCCUGUCCAAGUAAUAAUCGUGUCUCUCUGGUAUUGGUGGAAGGAGGUUGUUAUAAUUUCGGUAACAACUGCUGUUCUUUUAAAUUGGAUGCUGACUCAACGUUUUCUGAACGAAAGAACACCAACGAAGGAGGCAGGAUUUCCACCAGUGAUAGUGGAAACUCACGUAGAAAUAAAAAAAGAACCAUCGGUCAAUUCUGAUGCUGUGGAUGGGUUGGAUUUCAAGUCACGAUAUCGCAGUGAUUUCGAGCACAUUGAUUGCCUCGGGAAAGGUGGCUACGGUGUUGUUUUCGAGGCAAAAAAUAAAAUAGACGACUGUAAUUAUGCCAUCAAAAGAAUAUGUUUACCAAACAGCAAAGAUUCUCGUGACAGAGUGAUGCGCGAGGUGAAGGCAUUGGCUAAAUUGGAACAUCAAAACAUAGUACGAUAUUUCAACGCGUGGCUGGAAUGCCCACCGGUCGGUUGGCAAGAAAAACAGGACGAAAUAUAUCUGGCCGACCAUAAAUUAUCGUCCUCCGAAUUUCCUUCCGAAUAUACGCAGAGUGUACCGAAGCCAAAUAGUUCGAUAUUUAUUGAAGUACCGCAAAGUGAAGCUUCUUCGGUGGAUAGCGCGUUCGAGGCCUUUGAGCUAAACACGAGAUACAGCAAAAGCGAUGAUUCGUUUAUCGUAUUCGAAGCUUCAAGCACGGAAGACGAAUCGGCGGUUACAGAAGAAAUAGGAAAUUUUAGCAACGACGAAACUUCAAGUGAAACGGAAAAUUCAAAAACUUCUGAAAAAUCGAAUCACCAAUCGACCCACGACGAUGAGACUGGAAAAUCUGAUUCGGUAGUAUUUCGUCACAGUGGCAGCAACAAACUGUCAGAAAAGGAGAGCCUUGAGAAACGCAAAGCUUCGUUCUCUUUGCAGUUGAACAAGAAAAACGCUGUAAGAAAGUCAGCAAAAAUGUUUUUGUACAUACAAAUGCAACUGUGCCAAAAAUUAAGUCUCAGAGAAUGGCUCAAGCGUCAACCACAGACUAGAAAUGUAUCGAGAAUCGUUAAUAUAUUUCAACAAAUCGUCGAUGCCGUUGAGUACGUCCACUUACAAGGUCUCAUUCAUCGUGACCUCAAACCGUCCAACAUAUUUUUUGCUUACGAUGAAAAAAUAAAAAUCGGCGAUUUUGGUCUCGUUACCGCUAUGACGGAAGGCUAUGACGAUGCUUUACGUACUCCUGAUGGUGAAAGAUCUGAAUCUACGAUAAAAUCACACAAAAAUGGACUCCAUACCGCCUGCGUCGGCACUCACUUGUACAUGUCUCCCGAGCAAAUGAACGGGCAGAUUUAUAAUUACAAGGUUGACAUUUAUUCUCUCGGUAUCAUACUAUUCGAAUUGCUCAUACCAUUCUUCACGGAAAUGGAAAGAAUAGACGCUCUGAUGAACUUGCGAAAAUCCAUUUUUCCACAAGAUUUCGCUGAGAAGCAUCCCGAAGAGUACAAACUGUUGAAGAUGAUGCUUGACGAAAAUCCGAUGAACCGGCCAACGACGCUUGGAAUAAAAGCUCGAAGGCCGUUAUCGAACGAAAAUGACAUUGAUAAUGGCACGGGCGAUGUAAACAAAUGGCAUUUUGAAUUACCACAGAUAAGCCGACAUUCCUCAGUGACAAAUAGUAGUGCAAGUGGUGAAUCAUGGGACAAAGUUGAGACGGUGCAUUAAAGACAAAACGAAAUGAUUGUUCUUUGGGAUCGAAAGGAUAAAGCGAUGUGAUAAUUUUUCAAUUUCUAUAUUCGUUCGAUUCGCGAGUAUUUAUGAUGUAAAACUGAUGAAUGUAGCUACGGUUUUUUCUGUUGAAUAUUUUCGCCUUCCUUCCCUAGAAGUACAAUGAAUUACUUCGUGGCGCGAUUUUUUUUCCAAACUUUUUCUUUUACGACAUUAUAGCGUUUUGGCGAGAUUGUGAAUAAUUAAAACAAUGCGAAUGAGAGGAGAGUGAAUAUGAUUGUUACUGAAGAUUAGACACUUAUUAUAGCUUGUAGUGUGUUUAUUAUACUGAACAAUAUAAUUAAUGAAAAUUUACCGUCUAAUGCCAUAUUAGAUAUUUUUUUACAAAUCGGUUCGAAAAUUGUAUUAUUUUAGAGCAGCAGCCGCUUGUGUCAAAAAUCAUGUUGAACCGUUCGUUUUAAUAUUCAUUUAUUUACAUAUCUCAACAUUUUAGACGUAGUUAUUAUUUUAUUGAGAUAGUUAUGUUGAUUAGAGAUAAUAAAAUGAGAAGAAUUUUACUACGAA